UCCCUGGACGCCCUCAGCAGCGCCGGCCUCGCGGGGAAAAGGAGUCUCGUCGGGCGGCCGGGCGGCCGAAACCUGAACUCCAAUGUCAGCUGGGGAUCAGAAGAAUGGUGGUGACAAACCAGAAGGUCCAGCGCCGGCGGCGGAGGUUUGGCCGGAGGUGGAGCGGGCCGAGCGUCUGGCCCGAGGCGCCGCCCUGAAGUGGGCGUCGGGCGUUUUCUGUCGGCCCGAGCACCUGGAGAGGCUGAGCCAGUACCGGAAGAGGGAGAGCCAGAGGACGGCCUCCAUCCACACCAGGCUCAAGUCCAUGGUGCAGUCCUACCUGGAGGGCGUCGGCUGGGGCCUGGAGCAGCUCCGCGAGGCCCGGGUCGAGCUCAGCCAGGUGUCCCAGGCCCUGAAGAAAGCCGGGCUGGAGUCGGACCGGAACUCGGAGGGAGUGAAAUCUCUGGAGAGGCUGAGGGAGGUGUCGGUCCAGCACCGGCAGCUGGUGGCCGCCGUCAGCAACCUGCCACGACUCUACUCUGUCCGCGGCAUGGUUCUGGAGACGGAGCGUCUGGUGGAGUCCCGGCGGCUCCUGGAGGCCCACGCCCGCCUCAUGGACCUGGAGCGCUGGCAGGACGACAUCCUGUGGCAGCUCCACGGAGCCGCCGGGUCGGCAGGAAGCUCGCUGAGCCCAGAGGACCGGCAGCUGGUGGACCAGUACUUCUCUGGAGUGGGGCAGCUGGUGGAGGCUCUGGCCAAGGAGCUGUGGGCCGUGGUGAGCAGCGCUCUGGCUUUGGCCCGGCAGAACCCGACGCCGUUCGUGUCGGCCGUGAGGAUCGUGGAGCGGGAGGAGGCUCUGGACCGAGCCCUGCAGCAGGACCGAGGAGGAGCCGCCGGCCGGCCGCUGCCUCCUGGACGGCCGCGCUGCUGGAGGGCGAGCUUCUUCCAGGUACUAGAGGAGGCGGUGUCGGCCCGGUUCCGCAGCGUGUCCUACCUGCACACCCGAGGCCCGGGCCUGGCGGGCCAUCUGUCGGCGCUGCAGCACGGCAUCAUGGCCGACCUGGCCACCGUGCGCCACCUGCUGGAGCACUGCGUCCCGGCGCACUACCAGCUGACGGCGGCCUACCUGAGGGCCAGUCACCGCUGCCUGCACGCUCACCUGGCGCAGGUGAGCAGCUGGGACCUGGAGAGCGGCGAAAUCUUUGCUGUGCUCAACUGGGUGCUGCACAUCUACAACAGCCCGGACAUGAUGGGCCACCCAGAGCUGGUGGCUGAGAUGGAGAAGGAGGAUCUGGGACCUCUGAUCUCCACUGAAGGACUGGAGCAGCUGCAGAACAAAUACGUGCAGAGCGUCCGGAAAAGUGUGUCUGAGUGGAUGCAUAAAGCUCUGCAGGUGGAGCUGCAGGACUGGCAGCGAGACCAGGAGCCGGACACCGACCACGAGGGCUUCUACCAGACCAGCCUGCCCACCAUCAUCACACAGAUGCUGGAGGAGAACGCCCGGGUGGCGCUGAUGAUCGGAGCUUCUCUCAGAGAUCAGACCAUCCAGAUGGGACUGUACGAGAUGGAAAACCUCCUGAACAGGUUUCGGGAGGCUCUGGUUGAGUUCGGGAAGGAGCAUCGCAGGGAUCCGAGCAGCAGCAAGAGCAAGUUCUACCUCCACUACCUGCUGGCCUCCAUCAGCAACUGCAUCAUCCUCAAGAAGUCCACAGAGUCUCUGCAGCAGCAGCAGUCGUCGCGGUCGGCGGGUCGCUUCUCCAGAACUCCUCCCAACCCCCUGGCGGCUCUGGACCGGGCGGUGCGCCGGGCCUGCCGCCUGGUCAUGGACCAGCUCCUGACGGACCUCCAGCCCUUCCUGCCCGGCCUGCUGACCCGACCCUGGCUGGUCCAGGGAGACCCCACCCCCAAACUCUGUCGGGUCCUGGAGCAUCACCUGGAGCUGUACGGCCGAGUCCGACCGCCGUGUCGCCAGCGUCUGCAGGAGGAGGCUCAGUGGCUCACGGUGGUCGAAUACGUCCGAGCGCUGAUGCAGAAGAGGUUCGUGUGUCGUGGCGCCGACGAGAGGAAGCAGCUGGCUCAGCGGAUGCUGCAGGACGACCAGCUGCUGCGAGAAGUCUUCCACGGUCUGGAAGCCGAGGGUUCGGUGCCGGAGGUCAACCCUGUGGCUCUGCUGCCCGUCAUCGCCGACUUCAUCCGACUCAAAGACCCCCACAUGCUGACGCUGGAGGUGUCCGGACUGGCCGCCAAAUACCCCGACAUCAGCGACGAGCACGUCUCCGUCCUGCUCGACAUCCGGGGAGACGUCUCCAGGGACGUCCGGGGCUCGGUGCUGGACCUGCUGGAGCAGAGCGCCCCCCCGCUGCCGGCCGGGUACCGGCCCAUCUUCACCGACAUCCUGGUGCCCCCGUCCACCAUGGCCUUCUGCCUGCCCACCGCCAAGUGUGCGUGAGGCCGGAUCGGGGUACUGAUCAGACUCUGGUGGACGUAUUGAUCAGUCUGAGAGGCGGCGACUUGCUGGUUCAGGUCCGUGCUCCUCUCAGUGAUCUCGUCCUGCAGGAAGCAGCAGAACCAGAGAUUCAUGGAGCUGGUGAGCAGAGUGACGUCAUUUAACCCUCUGAACCACAGAAGCUUCACACGUUUCAGAACUCAGUCAGUCCAGGUCCACCUCAGCGUGAACACGGCCACACUCAGUCCAACACGUCAGUUUGUCUUGAAGGAGAAACGUGAAGUGAUUCUGAUGAACUCAGACUGAUUGAAUGCUUUAAUCACAUGAUUCGUUUGAGGACCUUCAAAAAAAAAAAAACCUGGAGUUCUUCAGGUUUUGCAUUUUCUGGCUUCGAUGAGUGUUUUAGUUUUACUUUGACGGGACAUUUCCUGGUUCAGAGGGUUAAUCCAGCCACACGUUUUCCUUCCUCCUGCUGCAUUCAUCAGAUUUUUUUUAUGAGUUGAAGGUUUGUGUUGAUUUUCUGACAUCCAGGCGUGUUGGUGACGUUCGUCCUCCAGCUCCAUCCUGCUGCUCCCUCUGAGCUUCGUCUGGCCUCUAGCUCUUCAUAUUAAUCCCGUCCUUCACCACUAACUCAUCUGAGCUGUCCUGUCUGACGUCUACCACUGGAUCACCGGCUCGCUGAACAAAACUGGAAACUGUGACACAUCUCAGGCAACUUCUGAACCUUUUUUUUUCUCUCGUUUCUGAACAGAUUCACAUUUAAUGACCUUCUGUUGUGGUUUCUCCGGCUGAGAGUCCAGUUUAGUCUCAAAUCCGGUUCAUGUUCAUGAAGCAGCUUCUAAGUGGCCUUAACAGAAGAUCUACGGACCAGAACCGGGCUGCUGGGUGGUUCUGAACACAUAAACCUGUUAUUUGUCCGUUGAAUAAACUACGUAAAGUGUCGACUUCCUGUUUUUAUUUGAGGAAACCUUUGGAUGUUUCAGAUAAAACUGUUUGACUGAACUUUAAACGGACGAAUCAGUGUGUGUCCACCAUGUUUAUCAGUCAGAGGCCCUGAAACAGAAUCAAAACGUGUUUCUAACGUCACAGAGCUGAUUAAACCCAAAGUGUUUGUGUUUUCAAAUAACCAAAGACUGAACAGAAACUGACGUUUAUGAGUUCCAUGAUGAGACUGAAGAGUUUCUGACUGAAUCGUGUUUUUCUUUGAGGUUCUUCCGUCUGAGGAGCUUCAGCUGCUAAUUCUUCUCUCAGAUCUCCUUUAAAGUCACGUUUUCAUCGCCGUCGUUUAUUCUGCGUGUUCUUUGAUCCGAGGUGUGAAAUGUAUUUAUUAUAUUUAUGUUUUAUUGUUCUGCCUCUGAAGCACAACGUGAAGCGUGUCACAUAAAUACGUCAAUAAAGUCUUCAUGAAAUCAGCA